ACUAUUAGAAAAUUUUAUGUUUGUUCACUGAUUGAAAUAUAUAUUUUAUGUAUCAAUUGUACAUAUAUAUUUUAUAAUUAAAUCUUUAAUAUUAUGGAAUUAAUUAUAAUUAUAAAUACUUAAGGUAUUUUAAGUACAACUUCAAGAUUCUCACAAGAAAAAUAUAUGAUAAGAAUUUCUUUGUGACUUUGACGGAUAUGAGUUAUUGAAAAAUUGCUGUAAAAACGAAAUCACGGAAUGUUUGUGCAUGGUGGUACGGUGCCUGUUUCCGUGAGACAUGAACGAUCAUGCGGCACGCGAUCUUCCACUAGGUCUAUGUUUGGUUGCGCCGAACUUCGAUUUUCUUAAGCGUUACUACAAACGAUUCACUUGUGUUUGAGCACGUAAAUACUCGGUUCAUUGAUUAGCUUAUAUUCUUAUAUCCAACGACUCGGCAGUAUCGGUUAAAUAAGCUCAGAAUGUUUGAAACGAGCAACCGUGGACGUCGACAUCAGUUUAGCAGUACACCGGCAAUUACCACAGAACAUCUAAGUACACAUUUAGCACGCAUGAAUUUUCCUCUAAGGAAUUAUUUGAAGACAAAAGGAAAUUUUUCAAGCAGUACAGAUCCUGUGAAUUCUCUUCGAAUGAAAAGAUUAAGUUUGAAAUCUAAAAAGACGAGUGGAAUUCAAAAGUUGGAUUUAAGUAGGAAAAAAUCUAUAGAUUACACGGAAAUGGCUUAUAGAGAAGCUGUUUCUAAGCUGAAGUAUUUGCUUGCUGAAUCUUAUGUUUCAAAACCGUUGUCAGGAAAAUCACCAGAUAUCAAAGAUUAUCAAUGCAGCAAUGUAAAAAUUAAUGAAUCCGAAGAAAAUAUCGAUAGUAAGAGUGUUGUAAUUGACAAUUGUAAAGCAAAAGAUUUGCCAGAAGAUACAAAUAAAGCUAUAAAUCCACAAUUCACUUUGUGUAAGAAUGUGUAUCCGACAAGAACAUAUAGUAAUUUAGCAUCUCCAACUUCAGACACACAGUCUGUUCCUCCAGAAUUAAAUUCUUUUAUCGAACAACAAGAAGAAUAUAUUCAUCAAUUACAACAGGAAUCUCAAUUUUGCAGAAAUCAAUUGAAUAAUUUAUUAUACAAAGUCAGAGAGGUUGUAGCUGAAAAUGAAGCUUUACAUUAUAAAAAUAAAACAGGAUUUUUUAAAUGUGCACUCGAUGAAUAUGCGCACAUCGCUGAAAAUGAUAAUGAAAAUGAUAAACAAAAGCCAGCUCGAAUAGAAAUUUCUGAAAGCAAGAAACCUAAAACAUUGGAGUGUCCUAACAUAGUGUUCGAAUCCAGAAUUAGCGAAUUAGAAGCACAACUUACUCAGGCCAAAUUAGAAUUACGUAAAGUGCAAGAGGAAAAUCAGUAUAAUUUAAAACGGAUGUCCGAGAGUUGUUUAAGCAAUGAUACCCCUGAAAUGAAAGCGCAGUUGGAGAAGGCUUUACAUGUUAAACACGAAGCUGAAAUGAAAGUACAAGAUUUACAAAAAACAUUAAUUGCGGUACGAGAACAGGAAACCGAAGCAUUACAAAAAAUUAAGCAAACUGUGGAUGCUAUGCAGCAAAUUCAGUUUGAAAAAAAUCAAUGUGAAAUAGAAAUUAAGAGAUUAAAAGAAGAAUUAGAUAGACAACAUGGAAAAUUUAGAGAAGCUACACAAGAAGCAAGUAAACGUAUUGCUGAAGAAAGACAACAAAUAGAGCGUAGAUAUAGUCAGCAAGUUGAACAAUUAUCUGCUGAUAUUGCUUCUCACUGGGAUGCAGCUAAUAAAUCUCAGUUAGAAUCUGAAAAACAACGUAGAGAGUUAACAGAACUUAGGAGAGAAGUUUCUCAAAAACAAACAUUCAUCGAUGACUUAAAGAAAGAACUUCAAAAUAAGAUAUCGUAUUUACAAAGUGAGCUGAACCAAGCAUUAACUGAAAAAGAUGGAGCUGAACAGGAAGUUUUGUCUACAAAACUAACUGCGGAACGAAACGAACGACAAAGUCGCCAAGAACAAAGUAGACUACAAAUUGAAAUCAAUUCAUAUAAACAACGAUUAGAGAGAACAGAGGCUGAUUUAGUUCACCUUAGAAGAGAAAAUUUAAGACUUUCAGAACAUAUAGCUUCUUUAGAGAAAGAGAUUGCGACGAAUAAACCCAUAGACUCAGGAGAUUUUACUACGCAAAUUCCUGCAAAGUCGGAAAAUGAAAAGGAAUUGGCUUCUAUGAUAAUAGAUAUGGAAACUAAACAUGCUGCUACAGUGGCUGGUCUAGAAGAUGCCUUGAAUAAUCAGGCUACGAUCGUCUCUCAACUGACUGCUGAAUGCCAAUCUCUCACACAGCGUUUGGAAGCUAACAACCUGAAGCACAAGGAAGAAAUGGCCAGUUUACAAAACAACGUAGAAUACUUGUCAGACAAGAUACAAAGUACUUUUAAUAAACAACAAGGAAUUGUAUCGAUGGAAAGUAAAGAUAUACCAGCUAAUUCAUUAACGCAAGCACAAAAUACAGCAGUACCCCACAUAGUUUACCAGGAACAUAAUAUGAAAAUAAAUAACUCACAUGAGAUAAAUAAACAAUCGCUAACAAACAAUUUGUCUAAUGAAAAUAAGUACUAUGUAGAUGAUGAGGCAGAGAAUAAUUUGAAUGCAAAAGCACAGAUACACAAAGAAAAUCAAAAUCAAGAUGAUGAACAAAGUAAUGAUCAUCAGCCUUUAGAAUUGUAUGUAACAGAACAGGAAUAUAAUUCAUAUGACCAAUACGUUACUGAAAGUGAACAACAAAAACAUUCUAAUGUAAUACAAAACCCUAAUGAAGCAACAUUUCCUCAAUAUACUACAUUAGAUACAUAAUAAAAUAGAACAAAUAUUAACUAUUAAUUCUAAUAUUGAAUUUACACAAUAUUUGUAACGUAUUAUACAUUUUAACAUAGUAAAUCUUACAUCUUCAUACGUAUAGAACAUAUCAAUAAACGUUAGUGUAACAUCAUAUUUUCUAAUUGUUUCUUCAAUUUUUAAUGCGAGUUUACUUAUUAUUUAAUUACAUAACAUAUUUCUUUUAUAAGUUUAAUCUUUUGAAUAAACCUACAAAUAAUAUUUCAAUUUGUAGAGGGUAGUAGUCAUAUAUAAAGAUUACGUUCAUUCACAAUGUGUUGAACGAAUAUAAGAUACAAACGUGUACGUACACACGUGAUUAACUAUGGAUAUG